AUGACGAGUUUUCUCGAAAGUACGUACAGCUUGGUGCACCAGGAUAAUACAGCAGACCAGCCAUCUCUCCAGGAUCUCAGGACGCACCUGGAAAAGGGCAACGAUGAAUCCAAACAGGAGACCAUGAAGCGAAUUCUCACCAUCAUGCUCAACGGAGAUCCAAUGCCGCAACUACUCAUGCACAUCAUCCGCUUCGUCAUGCCCUCGAAGAGCAAGCCGCUGAAGAAGUUGCUAUAUCUGUACUAUGAAAUCUGCCCGAAGCUUGAUUCAAAUGGCAAGCUUAAGCAAGAGAUGAUUCUUGUCUGGUAAGCCACAUCUGCCAAAUGCUUUGAAUACAACACGAGACUGACGGCCAUCAGCAAUGGCAUCCGAAUGGACCUGCAGCACCCCAACGAAUACAUCCGCGGAAACACCCUUCGCUUUCUCUGCAAGCUUCGCGAGCCCGAGUUGAUCGAGCCUCUCCUUGCACCCACUCGGUCAUGCCUCGAGCACCGCCAUUCCUACGUCCGCAAGAACGCCGUCUUUGCAAUCGCAUCCAUUUACCAGCAUUCGGAGGCGCUUAUGCCCGAUGCACCAGAGCUCAUACAAAAUUUCCUCGAAUCGGAGAGUGACAACACCUGCAAGCGCAAUGCUUUUGCUGCAUUGCUGAGCAUCAGUCAUGAGAAGGCUUUGGAGUAUCUGAGCGGUGUUUUUGAGGGUAUCCCCAACGCAAAUGAGCUCUUGCAGCUGGUGGAGUUGGAAUUCAUCCGGAAAGAUGCGGUCACAAACCAGCAAAACAAGGCGCGCUACCUCAGGCUAAUCUUUGACCUCCUGGAGGCGAAAGACUCAACCGUGGUCUACGAGGCGGCCUCGUCACUCACAGCCCUCACGAACAAUCCGGUUGCAGUGAAGGCCGCAGCUGCCAAGUUCAUCGAACUUAGCAUCAAAGAGUCUGACAAUAAUGUGAAGCUCAUCGUGCUAGAGAAAGUGAACUCUCUGCGUAAAGCGAACGAGGGCAUUCUCGACGAUCUGGUCAUGGAGAUCCUGCGUGUCCUUUCAAGCCCUGAUCUGGAUGUGAGGAGAAAGGCGCUUGAGCUGGCCCUGGAAAUGGUCUCGAGCAAGAACGUCGAAGAAGUAGUUAUGCUUCUCAAGAAAGAGCUGGCCAAGACGGUUGAUGAGCAAUACGAGAAGAACAAUGAAUACCGAUCACUGCUCAUUCACUCGAUACAUCAAUGCGCGAUCAAGUUCUCCGAGGUCGCGCAGAGCGUGGUCGGGCUGCUCAUGGACUUCAUCUCGGACUUCAACAACGCAUCUGCGAUUGAUGUUAUCUCUUUUGUCAAGGAAGUGGUAGAGCGCUUUCCCAAGAUGCGCAGUUCGAUCGUGGAAAGACUGGUGUCAACACUAAGCGAGGUCCGGGCCGGAAAGGUCUACCGAGGAAGCCUUUGGAUCAUUGGAGAAUACUCGCUCGAAGAAAACGACAUCAAAGAAGCCUGGAAACGAAUCAGGGCUAGCUUGGGUGAGAUUCCAAUCGUUGCGUCAGAAGCUCGAUUGUUGGAAGAGCAACCGGAUGGUGAGCCGGAAUUGAAUGAUCAGGUAAAUGGUCAUACGAAGCCUUCGGUGCCCAGUGGCUCACGCAAGGUGCUCGCGGAUGGCACUUACGCAACAGAGAGUGCUCUCACGAGCCAAGCAUCCGCGAAAGCCAAGUUGGACGCCGUCAAGGCUGCACAAAAGCCACCUUUGCGACAACUUAUUCUGGAUGGAGACUACUUCCUCGCUACAGUACUCUCGUCAACCCUCACAAAGUUGGUCAUGCGGCAUUCCGAGAUCUCGAGUGAUGCGGCACGAACAAAUGCUCUCCGUGCCGAAGCCAUGCUCAUCAUGAUCUCCGUCAUCCGAGCUGGUCAAUCUCAGUUCGUUAAGGCACCCAUCGAUGAAGACUCCGUCGACCGAAUUAUGUCCUGCGUCCGAUCUCUUGCAGAAUUCGCGCAAAAGAAGGAACUUGAGACAGCUUUCUUGGACGACACUAGAAAAGCUUUUAGAGAGAUGGUACAGGUUGAGGAAAGGAAGCGGGCCGAGAAAGACGCAGUACUCAAAGCAAAGAGUGCUAUCCAAGUAGAUGAUGUUGUCUCGAUUCGUCAACUCAGCAAGAAGAAUGCCCAGGACGGCGCCGACGAGGCCGAAAUUGAUCUGGAGAAGGCGACGGGUGGCGAUGUCACCACCGAAAACCUCAGUUCGAAGCUGAACCGGGUUGUACAGCUUACUGGAUUCUCAGACCCUGUGUAUGCUGAGGCAUAUGUUCAGGUACACCAAUUCGACAUUGUCUUGGACGUUCUGCUGGUCAACCAGACGCGGGAAACUCUGCAGAAUCUCUCUGUCGAGUUCGCGACCCUGGGUGAUCUCAAAGUGGUAGAGCGACCCACCACACAGAACUUGCCGGCCCUUGACUUCUUGAACGUGCAAGCGACUAUCAAGGUUUCAUCAACUGAUACUGGUGUCAUCUUUGGCAACGUGGUCUACGACGGAGCAUCUUCUACUGAAUCAAAUGUUGUCAUCUUGAAUGAUGUCCAUGUCGACAUCAUGGACUACAUCCAACCUGCGCAGUGUACCGAGACUCAGUUCCGAACGAUGUGGACCGAGUUUGAAUGGGAGAACAAAGUCAACAUCAACACGAAGAUGCCUGAGGGCAAAGGUUUGAGAGAAUUCCUGCAGAGGUUAAUGAAGGUGACCAACAUGUCUUGCCUGACACCAGAAGCCAGUUUGGAGGGCGAGUGUCAAUUCCUCAGCGCAAAUCUUUACGCAAGGAGUGUAUUUGGUAAGUUCUGAGCAUCUCGUCCAGCCUCACAGGCUUCGAAUACUGAUUAUCAGCAGGUGAGGACGCCCUUGCGAAUCUGAGUGUUGAACAAGAGGGCAAGAAUGGACCAGUGACGGGAUUCAUGCGGAUACGAAGUCGAUCUCAAGGCCUGGCGCUUAGUUUGGGAUCCCUGAAAGGUCUCAGCAAGAUCGGAGAGCUCUCUUGA